ACGCAAGAAGAAAGACGUCGAAAGAAAACAAGCUGAAAAAUCGUUUUUUGCAUUUUCCUGAAUUUGCAUUUUGAUUCAGUGGUAGCACUUGUGUAAUACUCAAAUUAUUGCUUUAAACCUGUAGAAAACAAGCAGAAAUCGUUGAAUUCACAGGAAAGCUUGCAUUGCAAAGUGUUUAAAGACGAAGUAAUUUGCUGGUGUCGAUUAAUCACUUGAUAAAAGUGCAGUGAAAAGAUGGAAGCUCUCAUACCGGUGGUGAACAAGCUACAGGAUGUGUUCAAUACGGUCGGUUCGGAUGCCAUUCAAUUACCACAGAUUGUAGUCCUCGGCAGUCAGAGCUCUGGUAAAAGUUCAGUCAUCGAAUGUCUAGUGGGAAGAACGUUUUUGCCACGAGGAACCGGAAUUGUAACGCGUAGACCUUUGAUUCUUCAGCUUGUUUAUACCCCGUUGGAUGACCGAGAGCAUCGUUCUGCUGAUCAAGGAACAGUCAGUGUUGAAGAAUGGGGCCGAUUUCUGCAUAUUAAAAAUAAGAUUUUUACUGACUUCGAGGAGAUUCGAAGUGAGAUAGAGAAUGAAACGGAUCGGAUGGCUGGAAAUAAUAAAGGAAUUUGUCCGGAGCCAAUUAGUCUUAAGAUUUACUCGACUAAAGUGGUUAAUUUGACUCUGGUUGAUUUGCCGGGUAUAACUAAGGUUCCGGUUGGAGAUCAACCCGAGGACAUUGAGGCACAAAUCAAAGAUUUGUUGAUUCAGUACAUUGAGAAUCCAAAUUCAAUUAUUCUGGCUGUCACGGCAGCAAACACGGACAUGGCAACUAGUGAAUCCUUGAAAAUGGCCAAGGAAGUUGAUCCCGAUGGUCGCCGAACGUUAGCUGUGUUGACAAAGUUAGAUCUGAUGGAUGCCGGCACCGAUGCCAUUGAUAUUCUGUGUGGCCGAGUUAUUCCGGUCAAGCUGGGUAUUAUUGGUGUAGUAAACCGCUCGCAACAAGCCAUCAAUGAUAAGAAAGCAAUUGAAGAGCAACUUCGUGAUGAAGCAGCAUACUUGCAGAGAAAAUACCCAACGUUAGCUACAAGAAAUGGAACCCCCUAUUUAGCAAAAACAUUGAAUCGAUUAUUAAUGCAUCACAUUCGUGAUUGCCUUCCAGACCUGAAGACCAGAGUGAAUGUGAUGGCGUCCCAGUUUCAAUCGUUGCUAAAUUCCUACGGAGAAGAUGUUACCGACAAGAGCCAAUGCUUAUUGCAAAUCAUUACGAAGUUUGCUUCCGCAUAUUGCUCUACGAUUGAGGGCACAUCUCGAAAUAUUGAAACCACGGAACUUUGUGGAGGGGCUCGAAUAUGCUACAUUUUCCACGAAACAUUCGGAAAAACACUAGACUCGAUUCAUCCGCUAACAGGUCUAACUAAAAUGGAUAUUCUCACCGCGAUUCGCAAUGCUACAGGUCCACGCCCUGCACUUUUUGUACCGGAAGUCAGUUUUGAGUUACUGGUAAAACGUCAGAUUCGAAGACUUGAAGAACCUUCGCUUCGUUGCGUAGAAUUAAUUCACGAGGAAAUGCAGCGUAUUAUUCAACACUGUGGCACUGAAGUUCAGCAGGAGAUGUUGCGUUUUCCAAAGUUGCACGAAAAGAUUGUGGAUGUGGUCACCCAGUUGCUCCGUCGUCGUUUACCUACUACUAACUCGAUGGUUGAACAUCUUGUACAAAUAGAGCUAGCUUACAUCAACACAAAGCAUCCUGAUUUUCAUAAGGACGCCGCUUUGGUACCGAGUCUACUGAAAGCCGAUAUGCAGGAUCAAUGGGCGCAUCUACAUCAAACAGGGAAUCCACCAAGUCGUCGAGCCCGUCCUAGCCCACAGCAACCAGUGGUACCAAUCCAGCAAAACAAUGUGGAACCAGCAAUCGAUUCCAACCACGUUAAUGAACACACAUCCAGCUGGCUAUCGAAUAUUUUGCCACCACCACCUCUUGGACAAACUCCACCGGGGGCACAGAUGCCUUCCAGUAGUGCAGAAAGCUCCGCUACCAACACCCCCACGCAUGGUGUGCUGAGCCCAACAAAACCGGUGAAUUUGCUGCCUGAUGUUCCGAUGAACCAUUCAUCCCGUAAACUGACCGACAAGGAACAGAAGGAUUGUGAUGUGAUUGAACGUCUCAUCAAAUCCUAUUUCUACAUCGUGCGCAAAUCUAUUCAGGAUUCAGUACCGAAGGCCAUUAUGCACUUUUUGGUUAAUUUCGUUAAAGACAACCUACAGUCCGAGCUUGUGACACAUUUGUACAAAUCCGAUUCCGCCAAUGAAUUGUUAAAUGAAUCGGAUCAUAUUUCAAUCCGGCGCAAAGAAGCCAGCGAUAUGCUUAAGGCACUAACGCGUGCUAAUCAUAUUAUUAGUGAAAUACGUGAAACGCACAUGUGGUAAAUUGCGGAGACGAGCGCGCAUGCAUGCCCAGGGAAAUCAUCUGUACAUCGCGGAAAAAAAAAACACAA